GUCUUUAUAUUUGUCCUGGGAUUCUCUUGUUGUGUUGUGCAUUUGUUUUUAAUCUUGAAGAGCCAACACCCAUGUGCUUUUCUUUUGUUUGUUUCUGAAAGCAACAAGAAGCAGCAAAGAACAGCAAAAGUAGAAUCUGAAAUCGCCCUAUAGUUUAUAGUCUGCAACUCAGUCUCCCACAUGCAGCUCAGCCAUUUUUAGUUUUUACUAUUUCCCAUUACUGGCUAGGUAGCUACUACUGAAGAAAAGAAAUGACUAAAGAAGACGACUUUAAGCUUCUCAAGAUCCAGACUUGUGUUCUCAAAGUGAACAUUCACUGUGAUGGCUGUAAGCAGAAAGUGAAGAAACUCCUUCAGAGAAUUGAAGGUGUUUAUCAGGUAAAUAUAGAUGCAGAUCAGCAGAAAGUUACAGUUUUAGGGAGUGUGGAUUCUGCAACAUUGAUCAAGAAACUGGUGAGAAAUGGGAAACAUGCAGAGCUUUGGUCCCAAAAGUCAAAUCAAAAUCAAAGCCAAAGCCAAAGCCAAAUUCAAAACCAGAAGCAAAAGAUCAACUGCAUCAAGGAUGACAAGAAGAACAACAAUCAAGGUCAGAAGCAAGGGUUGAUGAAGGGGCUUGAGGCCUUGAAGAACCAGCACAAGUUUCCUCUAUUCAUUUCUGAGGAAGGUGGUGAGUUUUAUGAUGAUGAUGAAGAUGAUGAGGAGGAUGAGUUGCAGUUUCUCAAGGCAAACCAACUAGGCCAAUUUGGUUUGCUCAGGCAACAAGCCAUGGAUGCAAAUAAUGCAAAGAAAGGUGUUGCAGGUAUGCCUGGUGGUGCCGAUAACAUUAAUAAAAUGAACAACAAUGGUGGAAAUACAAAUGCUGGGAAGAAAGGGAACCCAAAUCAGGUUUUGGGAGGAAUGAAUAGCUUUAAUCCAAGUGGGAUUGAUCCUAAAACUAUGGCAGCUUUAAAAAUGAACAAUGUUUUCAGUGGUGGUGGACACGUCAAUGUUAAUGGGGAUGGCAAAAGGGCAAAUGACAUUAAUGCCAUGAUGGGUGGUCUUGGAGGUGGCUACCAUGGAAAUGGUGCUAAUAUUGUUUCAAAUACUGCUGCUGCUUUGGGAGGAAAUCCUAAUGGUUUAGUAGGGUUUCAACAUGUUCAACCCACCAAUGGGUACCAAAAUUCAGCAGCAGGAGGGUUGACAAAUGGAGGAUAUGCUACUGGUCAACAAUAUCCAUCAUCCAUGCCCACGAACAUGAAUGGUGGAUACUCGUACAACCAUCCAUCAGCACAAAUGAUGACGAAUAUGAACAUGCAAAACAGGCAUGCCAUUCAACAGCCUCAAAUGAUGUAUCAUAGGUCCCCAUUCAUUCCUCCCAACACAGGAUACUUCUACAAUUAUAACCCUGCUCCAUAUCCAUUCCCUGAACAACCACCACCCCAGAAUUAUAGUGUUGACCACUUAGGUGCCCCGUCAUCCGAUAUGGUUAGUGAUGAAAACACCAGCAGCUGCACAAUUAUGUAAUGAUAUGUAUGUAGGAGAGAGAGAGAAUAAUGUUUGACUUCAAAUUCUCUCUUUGUUGAAACUAGUUAGUGACUUAUUGAGACAUCAAUAUUAUGUAAUAGCAGUAGUGUGGUGUGAAGGAAUAGGGUGAAGACUGGAUGAUGUUUUCCGCCUAGUGAAUCUUAUCUGUGUCUUAUGGUGUUUCCUUUUUUAA